AUGAAUACCUUAGCUGAGGCAACAUUUGAUAAUAUUUAUGCGGAUUAUAAUAUAUCCCUAAUUUUGAGUGUUCUAUGGGUCAUAAAGCAUGAAUUUGGCCACUACAACUCAACACCAUUGACAAUUGGACAGAGGGCUAAAAACUCCAAGAAUUUUCGUCUUCAGCAGGAUUUAAUAGAUGAAAUUUUCAAGAGAGUUAAACAAUGGAAUUCGGAGACAGUUUUCUUGAUGGAAGGCCAAACCUAUUCCAAUGGAACCGAAGACAUUUAUGCAUACAGUCAUGGCAAUCGUGAGAAGUCCAUAUGGUUUCUGGAUGGCUUGGAGGCCUACGACAGCUUUUCCGGUGUUUUACAUAAUUCCGAUAUGCACUUUCGUCGUUAUGGCUAUUUCCUAUUGGUCUACACGGGCAUGGAGAGGAAUCACUUGAAAAUUAUUCAAGAAAUGUUUAAUCGCCUAUUUGAUGCCUAUGUGAUCAAUGUAAUUGUGGUCACUCUAAUCGACAAAUAUCCCCUUGUGUAUACCUACUUUCCAUUUUCCUCAAACUCUUGCUACGUUUGGCAGCCCGAAAUAAUUGCCUCCUUUAAGGGUACUGAGAGUAAACCAAUCUUUUUCAAAGGCGAAAAGCUGUUCCCUAACAAGGUGGAGAAUAUGCACUCAUGCAAUUUGGCAGUGGUGACCUGGACUUUUAUGCCUUAUAUGAAGGUCGUGAAAGAUGCAAAAAGUGGCAAAUUUUUAUUUUUGAGUGGCAUUGAAGGAUGUUUGCUCAUGCUGUUGUCGCAACAUAUGAAUUUUAGCAUAACUAUCAAAGAGCCCAAGUCAUUGGAUAGAGGAGAUGUCUAUCCUAAUGGUAGUGCAACGGGUGCUGCUGGAAUGAUUUUAAGGAAGGAAGCCAAUAUCACCAUGAUUUCAUUUCUCUAUCAUCCGUAUCGUGCAAAUGUGUUGUCGGCCAGUGUUAGCUACAUCAAUAUUCCCUACUUCUUGGCUGUUUCACCGGGCAGAUCUCUGACAUCAUUUGAGCGUUUGAUAAAACCCUUCCAUUAUAUGGUCUGGACAUGUUUUAGUACUUCUUUUGCAAUAGCCGUAAUUUUCAUUCUCUAUAUCCGCCUGUUGGGGCAAACAAAAUUUAUGAAUUUUGUCUUUGGCCCCUUUAACCGGACACCGCUUACAAAUCUGGUAAUAAUUCUUUUGGGAGGAAUGAAUCAUAGUCGUGGUGCUUUGAGAAAUUUUGCACGCUACCUACUGGCAUUGUGGCUGCUGUAUACGAUGGUAUUGAGGGUAGCCUAUUCGGGUCAACUCUUUCGAAUUCUCAAAGACGCUAGUCACCAUCAAAGUAUGAAAAAUCUUGGCGAGGUUAUAGCUAAAAAUUGUACAAUUUAUGCUUAUCCCAUAGUGACAAAUGUUAUACAAAUAUCGUAUCCUGAGGCAAAAACGGCACACUUGGAUAUCAAUAAUCGAGCGAAUAGUAUCUUUGAAAGAAUAAGUCAGCCCAAGGAGGGUGACAACAUUGUACUUUACCUUUUGGAGUAUUCACUGCGUUACUAUAAUCAGAAAAAUCCCAAUCGGCGAGUGGUGAUUAUACGCCAACCCUUGAUUAUGGGGCAGAUUGUGUUCUACAUGCCACGCUAUUCGUAUUUGCAGCCGCAGCUCAAUAAUUUGAUCAUUCGAGUUUUAGAGUCGGGUAUAAUCAAACGAUUUGAAUCCAUGCUGUUUUAUGUGGAUUGGAAAAGUAAAGGUCAUCAGGUGGCACCUUCUCAACUUACCAUGCCAUUGUUAAGGGGUGUCUUUUUUGUCUAUGCGUUUUGCCUUGGCAUAAGCUUUGCCAUAUUUCUGUUGGAGUUGCGUAGCCAAAAUUCGGAAAGGUUACGAAAGUUGAUUGAUUUUUUGAAUAUGUAG